AGAUUUUCUGAAAAUUCCAAGAAAUAAAAAAGUUAUGAGAGAUUUAUGGGGCGCUUAAAUCAGAAUUCCGCCCAUCUACUUUCACAGCCACCUACUAACCAUUGUCUGAUCCUUUCUUUCUAGAAUAUUGGCCUUUCAGAACCCCACCCCCGCUUAUAUCUUUCCUGCAUGUGUUUUGAGGGCAGUGUUUCUCUUGUCCACUUUCAGCGUAUCUCACUUGCGCAUAAUGGGAUCAUGUGUCGUAAGCUGAGGUGAUUAGUUGUUUCGCUCCGUAACCUGUUAGACUAACGAAAUUAUGAUUUUUAAAAUAUUUUCCUGUGAAUGUCGACGCAGACCAUUACUAGUUUUCUGUAAUUCUAGUAUUUCUUUUCACUUUCCCAUUCAUUAAAUCACGCAGUUCUGAAUAUUAUGUUCAAAUUAAAGACAAAAUGACUGCGGUUGAAACAUUUAGGAGUCUAAAAAAAAUUUGUUUUGAAUUACAAACUGUGUCCAUUAUAGAGCGACAAAAGGAGAAGGAGAAAAAAUAACAGGGUGUGAGAAAUUAAUUCUCCUGUUUCCUCGUUUAUUAUUUUCCCUCCUUCUUUCGGUUUUUAUAACCAUUUGCAAGAAGUAUUUGUAGUAAUUAUUUAACUAAUGCUAUCACCUUUGUUUGGGGUGUUACUAAGCGGAAGUGAAAUUGUUGUCAGAGAUGAAAGCUGUAAAACUUGUGAUUGCGGAAUCGUGAUGCAGUAAUUUCGAGAUGAUUGAACAUGAUUUGGUUGCUAUUAUGGUGCAAAGCAUUCCCUCAUGGUAUUGGAUGGCUGUAAUUGAUGUUGAGGAAGUGAAAAAGAUUGCUGAAAUUAUGUUUGUGUCACAUGACAAUGAAAUUCCGCCAACGAAUUGCAUGGGUCACUAUUGUUGUCUACCUCAGCAUUACCUGUGCUUUGACCUAUUAUGUGUUUGAGAUUAAUGAGAAAUAUACUAAAUAUGCCUUUGAUCAUUCUUCAAAAUUCCACUUGGAUCCGAAACUGGGCCGUAAAGUUGGAAUUGCAAAGAAUACAAUCAUGGAGACCAAUUCUUCUGAAACUUCAGUGCUGCACCGCAUGUUUUCCCACUUGAGCGAUAUUCCUUUGUUGAUCUGGAUUAUUUUAUUUAUGAUACCAUAUUUUCAAGUCUUCUUCUUACUAUUGGCAUGUACCAAACCUGAUCCAAGACUAAGCUUGGCCUUGCUCUGGCCAAACAUCCUGUAUUUAAAAUGGAAACAACAUUGUACAGCUACUAUUUUCAGAAAACCAAGCAUUAAUGGUGACUGCAAUAGUAAUGUAUCAAAUAACCAAGUGAUUUUUGACACGUAAUAUUUCUUAUUCAACAUAUUUUUUUGUAAAAGAACUCUUUCUUUUCAAUUACUAUAAUUAUUUUAAAAUGUAUUUUUAUGUGAGUCUAAUUAGGUGCUAAUCAUGCAUUCAUUGAAGGAAUUAUAUAAUUUGGUUAAUCUAAUAUUUAAAAAAAAUUUCUGGUCUAUCCAUAGAUUAUAUGACAAUGUGUUCAUAUACCAACAGUCAACAUAAUGAACAGAUGUGUGAAUACUGUUGAUACGACCUUGAACAAGUCUAUCAAUAGUUGAUAUAGUGGGGAUUUAAUCUUGGAAAAGUCUUGCUACUAAUGAUAUAGCAUUGACUCAAACUUUCAGUGGAUGAGAUAUCAUGACCAGGUCUUUAAUUUGGGUGAUAACGUCUUGAUAAUGUCUACCAUGUGAUGAUAUAAUGAUUAUUUAAUUUUGACAAAGUUUCACAAUGACUGAUUAAAUUUUGAUAAAAUUUGAUUGUGGACAGAGUGACAAUACAUACCAUGUCUAUUUUCAAUUGAAAAUAAAUUGCUGAGAAUAUUUCUCUCUAAAACUGAUUUGUUAACAGCUAAAUACAUAAAAAAUAUGUUGUGAAUCCAGUUGGUGAAGGAUUUCCUCAUAAUUAACUUCAGGACCAGCAUUAAUGGUAAACGUAAAGAUCUAAAUGGGUUUUUUUUUAAUUAGCCAAACAAAUAAGUAAACGCUUCACAAUCAUUCAGUCCUUGUAUAUUUUUGAUAUUUUAAAAAAAAUGGUCUUUGGAUUUCCAUGUUUUGAAGACUGGAAUUUCUGAUAGUGCAAAAAUAAAAUUCCAAAUUUUA